AUACACUCACCAAACCCCCCCUGAUUUCACCACCACCACUCGACCUCCACCUCCACCUUGUUUCUAGUUCUUACACAGCCAACGCCGCCAAUGGCCGCCAUUGUCCUUGUUGCACUUUUAAGCCUCUUGGUGUCAAUUCAAAAGGGUGAUGCACAUGAUUUGAAGAUUGGGAGCUCUGGUGAUUGGAGCAUUGCGUCUGCUCCCUAUACUACAUGGGCUGAGAGAGCUAGGUUUUCAAUCGGAGACACCAUAUUGUUCAACUACGAUGGUAGUAAGGACUCAUUGCUGUUAGUGAGCCAAGCCGAUUAUAACAACUGCAAUACCGCAUCACCCAUUGAAAAACACAAUGAUGGCCACACUGUGAUCACAUUGGAACGGUCUGGGCCCCACUACUUUAUCAGUGGUGUACCUGAAAACUGCAAAAAGAAUGAGAAAGUGACGAUUGUUGUAAUGGCGGAUCGAAGCCAGAAAGCAACCUCAGAAUCUCCAUUUGUUGCAUCUUCAAAUUUUAUGAUCUUCUUUUGCUUAGUUGGAGUUUUUGCUUGCUUCUUUAUUUAAUCAUCUGCAUGAACAGUUUGGUUUUCUUUCGAUUAUAUUUCAUUUUUUGGUUUUUGGUAUUGUAUUGGAGUGUCCUAAGUAUGAAACAAGUUUGCACGUGAGAAAAUAAAUUUAAAUAGAUAGUGGUUUUGUGUGAA